AUGGUGGUGGUCGACACGCGCAAGGACGAGACGGUCUUGUCACAGAAGCUUGCUCGCGAGAUCUUCAGCCGUGUCCAGAAGCUCAGGAAGAAGUCCAGCGUCCAAGUCGGCGAAACCGUCAAGGGAGCCGUCGCGGGGGCAGCGAUGGCCGCCUACACCGCUCUCGUCACGGACGCCGUUCGAUGUAUACACCGCUGCCGACCUCGAGGAUGCUGGAGCACGCCGUUCCGCUGGGGCACAAUAGAUUCUCCGUCUGCGGGAGGGACGACGGCAAGGUGGGACGAGGCCGACACCGACCAGAAGCCCGACUUCACAGUCUUCCUGACACGGUCCUGCUUGUCGGUCGACCGGAUGCGUUUCUUCUUGUUUCUGAGGUUCCUUCUUGCGCUGAUGUGUUUGAGGUUGAUGCUCAACCCCAGUUGCUUUUGCGUAUGUGCGGGGGGAAUACGAUUAUUGGUUUUGCUAAGUCUCCUUGUGCUGGUGUUGUGGAGGGUGUGUUCGGCGGGGACUCCGCCUGAACUUUGCUGCUUACGUUUUUCAUUUCACCUGCACGCGAAUAGGGUUUCACGCAUACAUGUACAACGGUAACGCCUUGCAUCUAGCAGUGCUACCGUUCUUCGAGAAUAUAUCUUGGUGUUGUAGGCGUUGUCGUCAGGGUGCGUGUAUCAGUGAUGAUUGCGGCGGGCACCGCUACGAAAGAGAAAGGGCGGGAAAUCGCUUCCACACUCGGUGGCGCUCGUCGCAAACGGGCAGAGCUGUGUGUACUCCCGUCGUUUGCGCUGACUUGCUCCGAGUUGGCGCGGGCGGCUUGGGGAGAAGGCCGCACAUUUCUUGAAUCAGUGGCCAGGCGGUUGUACCAAGGGUCUCGCAUGUCCCAUGGUUGUGUUGGUGGUUUUGUUUGUAGCGU